UACUUCUUCCUGCUUAUCAAUGGCUUCUUCUUCACUUCGUUACAGUGCCAUUGCUCUGUUUCUUCUGCUUUCUUUGAGCAGUUCCUCUGCUCAGCUCACCACGAAUUUCUAUGGAAGUUCUUGUCCUAAUGUCUUCUCCACCAUUCGGUCGGUGGUUCAGUCGGCGAUAGCGAGUGAGAGAAGAAUGGGUGCUUCCCUUCUUCGCCUCUUCUUUCAUGAUUGCUUUGUGAAUGGCUGUGAUGCCUCUUUGUUUCUUGACGACACAUCAAACUUCACCGGGGAGAAAAACGCAAUUCCAAACAAAAAUUCUGCGAGAGGCUUCGAAGUCAUUGACAGGAUUAAAACUGCUGUGGAGAAUGUUUGUCCAGGUGUUGUCUCCUGUGCUGAUAUCUUAGCCAUUACAGCAAGAGACUCUGUAGUCAUUCUUGGAGGACCAACCUGGAGUGUGAAAUUAGGCAGAAGGGAUUCCAGAACUGCAAGCCAAAGUGCAGCUAAUAACAACAUUCCACCUGCAACUUCCAGCCUUAGCAAUCUCAUCUCCAAAUUUUCAGCUCAGGGUCUCUCUACCAGGGACUUGGUUGCCCUCGCAGGAGCCCACACCAUAGGACAAGCCAGGUGCACCAAUUUCAGGGCAAGGAUCUACAACGAAACCAACAUUGACAGGUCGUUCGCGCAAUUGAGGAAGGGGAAUUGUCCCAGCAGCUCCGGCGACAAUAACAUCGCACCGCUAGACUUACAAACGCCGACGAGCUUCGACAACAACUAUUAUAAGAACCUUGUUAGCCUGAAAGGUCUACUUCAUUCUGAUCAGCAGCUCUAUAGUAAUGGCUCAACCAGCUCCCAGGUUCAGAGCUAUGUCAACAGCCCGAGCAGUUUUAGCUCAGAUUUCGUUGCUGCAAUCAUAAAGAUGGGAGACAUAAGCCCUCUUACUGGUACUAAUGGAGAGAUCAGAAAGAAUUGCAGGAAAACCAACUAAUUAUAGCAAGUUUUGGAUCAAGUUUUAGUUAUUAAAGCUUCAGUUGAUAGAAGCUAUCAGGUCUUUUAGUAUAUCUUAUUAAGGUUGUUUGUGUUAGCUUUGUGUUUCUGAUAUGUUUUUGAGGUUGUAUUAGUAUUAUAUGUUUUUUAUAGGAUUUAUGUUUUUAUCAUCUUUUUAAAGAAAUGAAAUUUUUAUAGUGUGAACUAUUAA